GUAGUACUCCGCCAGCAGUCGUUGCGGUUAUAACAAAGUAACGUUUUUGUUAAUAAGACGAAAUAAAAACUGUUGAUCACAAAUAAUAGGUUUUAUGUUGUAAAAAAUAAGUUGUUUAAUUGACUGUCAAACGUUUGUGAAACAUGAAAAGUGAAGAGGAAAGCACCGUUAGCAAGCCAAGUGCUUGCCUCGGAGUUCGCCAUGCCCAAGCCUUGCUGCUGUUCCUGGCCAUGCUGAUCGCCUACGGGAUGCGCGUCAACAUGAGCAUGGCCAUCGUCUCCAUGACCGACACCGACCUUGAAAAUUCCUUCGAUUGGGGCUCUAAGACGCAGAGUCUCAUCCUGUCUUCCUUCUUCUGGGGCUACGCUGUCCUGCAAGUGCCUGGCGGUGAGAUGGCAGCCCGAUUUGGGGGAAAGGUCCUUGUCUUGACCUGCAUUGUCGUCAACUCCGCUGUAUCCUUAUUGAUACCAAUUGGAGCAUAUUAUGGUGGAUGGCAAAUGGUAUGCGCUUGCCGCGUUAUUCAGGGUCUGUCGCAAGGAUUCCUGGUGCCUUCAAUGCACCACCUCAUUGGAAAAUGGUUUCCUUUGGAGGAAAAAAGUCGAUUUGGAACUUUUGUUCAUUCAGGAGGACAAUUGGGGACAGCUGUCCAGCUUAUGAUUUCGGGCUUCAUAUCCAGUUACUGGGGGUGGCCGGCCAUAUUUUAUGUCAACGGCACCAUUGGGGCUGUCUGGGCCGCCGUCUAUGUCUUUUUGGGUUCAUCAACGCCACAAACUUCGAAAGUUAUUAGCGAUGAAGAAAAAAUGUACAUACUCACUUCUUUGGGACAUGUUGGUGAACAAAAGAAACUCAAAACGCCAUGGAAGGCAAUCUUCACGUCGGUGCCUUUCAUCGCCCUCAUCGUCGCCCACUCUGGCCAGAAUUGGGGCUUCUGGACUCUCAUGACGGAGAUCCCCUCCUACAUGAAGCAAGUCAUGGGCGUUGACAUUGGUGCUAACGGUGUCAUGUCAGCACUACCAUACCUCACUAUGUACCUGUUGAGUUUCCCACUCGGUUACUUGGUCGACUUGAUUCAGAAGAAGAAGUGGCUCAGCAUCACAGCUUGCAGAAAGAUCUCUAAUACUAUUGGUCAUUGGGGUCCAGCUGUAGCUCUGAUUGGGCUCACGUACGCACCCGCUGGCGACGCCACCACGGCAGUCAUCAUUCUGUGCGUGGUAGUCGGCCUCAACGCUGGACAAUAUACUGGAUACUUGCUAGUCCACAUCGAUAUGGCGCCCAACUUCGGCGGGACCUUGAUGGGCAUCACGAACUGUAUCGCGAACUUCGUCUCCAUCUUAGCGCCGCUGGUGGCUGGGCUCAUCUUGACAGAUCAGACUGACCCAGACCAAUGGAGGAUCGUAUUCUACCUGUCGUCAGCCGUCUACAUCGUCUGCAACCUGAUCUUCAUCAUCUUCGGCACGAGUGAGAGGCAGACGUGGAACGAACCGGAGUCUAAAGAUACUGAUGAUGACGUCACGACAGAAAAGAAUGUAGAAAAAGUAGUUUGAUGGUUAUAUUUAUAUUAUUAGCUCUUGUAUCCUGCUUUAUUUUUUGAGAGAGCUUACUAAAAGACUUUUUGCUAGAGAAACAUUUGAACCUUUGUUAAAAAAGGUUUUAUUCUUAUUUAUUUACUUGAUAAAUUAUUACAGUAUUAUACUUAUAUUAAUUUGUAAAUAGAUUAGAUAUUAGAGCGUAAUAUUUUAAAGGCUGUUAACCUAGUAGUCAAUAGUGUAGUGUAGUUGUAUUA